GUGCCACAAAUAAAAUAUUACAGAAAUAGGAGGACUAAGAACUUAAAUCUAAUAAAAUCAUCAAGGACUCUUGUGGAAGAGUAACUCUCUCGAAAAAUCCCCAAUUGAAAAAUAUAUAAAAAUAUUUGUAUUUUAGUCGCAACUUUUCUCAGAAACUCCAAAUUGGCUUCGCGAUGCCCUCCAUGGUUUGCCGAAGUCGGGUUUAAUCAUUAUUCAUUGAUUAUUGAUGGAAGCAAUAUUAAAGAAAUAUCAGCAGAAAUUCAGAAAAGCAAAAGAUGAAAUGAGUAAAUGGGACAAGCUUCAAUCUCGCUUAAUCUCUUAGUUUAGAAAUGCUUCUUCCAUCAUUGCCAGAUUAGAGAUUAUUCAAAAUUCGAAAAAUUAUGCGAGUUUAAAUUCUGUGGGGGGCAUGGAAAUUGCAGUGUUGCAAAGCAGAUGGAUUCUUUGCAAACCAUUUUUACUUUCCAUGAAAAAUACCGAUGGUUUUUGCGCUGUUGUUCUUUCUCUGGAGAAGCUUCAACAUGAUGGUAAACAGCUUGCAAAAGGUAGUUCUUAUCAGAUGAACAGGAAGCAACUGCAACAUAGAAUUGGCAUAAGACCAUUUCUUACAAAUUGCAUAGAUGGGCUUAUGCUUCUCCAUGAAAUGCCCCUUGCUGAGUACCUUCUUAAAUCAUCAUUGGUUUCAGCAGCUUUAGCACUUGCUUUGAAAUCGAAUUCCAGUGAUCUUGGUGUAAUUCAGCAACUUUUGGUUGAUCAACCCAAUAUGCUAAACAAUGAAGUCAUGCUUAGGCUGUGACAAAUUGGCAAAAAAGAUCCUAUGAAUCCAACAAAAAACUGGGAAGAACAAGGAAACCAGCAGCAAUGGCAGAGAGCACUCAAUCGAACACUCUGCAAGAAUAGAUGCUUGCUUGGCAGAAGUAGAUAGAUACCACUAUUCCCAAGUGGUGGGAGGAGCAAGAGAAAGGGCUUAAAGCUAAGAUGAUGGAAAACCAUAUUCAUCUCAAUCAAAUGUUGGAAUCUCGCCUCCAGAGGGAGAUUAUCCCAUCUCAACUGAUACCUGCAGAACAGAACAAGAGGGAAGGGAACAGCCGUAUUGAAAUCACAGUAAUCAAGAUCAUAGUAAGUAUAAAGACAAGCCCGAUGAACCUGGAUUACUACCAAAUCGCCAGCAAGAAAGUAGUCAAUUUAAUAUUCAUAAUAGCUUGAUUCUUGAAAGAAAAAAAAAAAACGUGAAGUCACUUUUGGUUCUAGCUCAUCUAUAGGAUUGAAUGCAUUCUCUCCUAGACCAAAAUUAAAUUACCUGUGUUUUGUGGUGAAAAUCCUAGAGGUUGGAUUAGGAAAUGCCAAAAAUAUUCUAGUAUUUUUGGAGUGUAUGAACGUUAAAAGCUAGAGGUAGGUAUAAUGUACUUAUCUGGCAAGGUAGAAGUUUGGUUCGAUGGUUAUGUGAUUCAGAGACCAAGAGUUACGUGGCCAGAAUUUGCUAUUGAUCUGUGUCAACAUAUCUGUGAUAAAACUUGUGCUGAUGUGAUUGAAGAGUUCAGCAAACUAUCUCAGAGGUCUACUGUGGAGGAGUAUCAAGAGAGUUUUGAAGAGCUUAUUCCCUAUAUAACAACUCCCAUCUUGGUAAGGCCUACUUUGUCACUAGUUUCAUAAGUGGACUGAAGGAGUUAAAGCCUAGGGUCAAGGCUAAUGAGCCAUUAACAUUGGCCGCAGCAUAUAAGCAAGCUAAGCUGCAUGAGUUAUCCCUGGAGAUUGAGAGUAGAAAACAUAAACCACAAGCCAAAAGCAACUUCUCAGCAAAUACAAUUCCAUAUCCUAUAAACAACUUCAUUCCCUGGAAUCAAACACAAAAACUUGUAACCACCACAAUCCCUCAACAUCCUACACAAAACCUUAUAGAACAAAGGAGAAUGUAGAACUUGUGCUUCAAGAAUGGUGAGAAAUUCUUCCCUGGCAAUAUGUGUAAAAACAAGCAAUUGAAUCUAUGUCAGUAGAGGAGUUGAAAGAAAAGACCAAGGAAGGUCUGGGAGAAGUCAAUGAUACAAGGCAUGAGGCAUCGUGAGAGCAGGAGCCUAUAGAUAGCAAUCUGGAAAUUUCAAUCAAUGGUCUAAAUGGAGUAGUGGGGCACAGUACUAUCAGAAUACAAGGCAACAUCAAAGGUAAACCACUGAAUGUCCUUGUAGACAGUGGUAGUACCCAUAAUUUUGUAACACCAUAGUGGGCUAAGGAUGGUGUAGAGCCGAUGGACACUAGUCCUUGGCAAUAACUGUAGCAAAUGGAGAGAAGUUGUACACUGUAGUUAAGUGCAAACAACUGAAAUGGAUGAUGCAGCGGCAUCAACUUAUGCAUGACUUGAGGGUUUUGCAAAUGGGAGGCAGUGACAUGUUGAGAGUGGACUAGAUGAAAAACUAUAGUCCAUUGCUGUUUGAUUUUAAUGAGAUGACAAUCACAUUUCAAAAUA